CACAUAUUGCUCUGGGGCGCCAUCUAGUGAUGGUCAGGUGUAUGUGCUGUUCUCUUUUGCUACUGACGGAAAAUAAAUAAUAAAAAUUCUACGGAUCAUUGGUUAAAAUCUCAAUAAUGAAGAUAGUUACAUGUUUCAGUUUCAUUUGUGCAUGUGCCAUUUCAUUCAGUGGGGGAGUUAAAGGCCUGAGUGACAUCUUCUGUCCGCCUAAUUAUCAUCACUGCGACGGCACAUUGUACUGCUGUCCAUCUGGCUAUAUCUGUAUUGGGUCAGCUACAUGUCUUCACCUAGCAGUCAUUAUCGGUCCUAUCGUAGGUCUGGUGGUCCUCAUAGCCUGUGUGGUCGUCUGCUGUAUCUGCUGUAGGCGAAGACGGUCCACGCCCGGUGUGGUAUACAGUCCUACACCACAGGGACAAAUGUAAACAUUCGUGUUAGUUAAUAUGUAUGCAAAACAAGACUUUGUAGGACUUUAUGUACUUAAAAAUGUGACGUUGCCUUUCCUAUACCUUUUAGAUAUAUUUGUAGCUAACCCUUUGUAGCCGUUAUAGCUUUACUGAUCAAAUUCUUCCGACAUCUAUACACAUAUACGUCAUCUACCUAGGUUUCUCACUUUUCACGUCUAAUUUAAAGACAAAGGUUUGUGAAUACCUAAGAAAAAUCUAAAGGGGUGGGGAUAAAUUGGGAAAGGAAUUAAUGUGCAUAUUUUUGCCUUAUCAAUGAACGACAGGUGAGCGCGAUGGCCUUUUACUCAUUUUAUUGUUUAUUUGGUGCUAUAUACUUUCAUGCGGGUGAUUAAUUGAUUAUUUUUGGAAUUUCACAAUAAUUUAAAAUAUAAAUUUUUGCAUCAAUUUUGAUGAAGGAGGAAUAUGCCUUAUAUGGUCAUAAUUAAAUGUACUUUUCUUUUAGAAUUUGUCAAUACUGUAGUAAUUGUGUGUGUAAUAAACUAAAAUGAAGACGUUCUAUUCUUUUAUUCGAAUAUUUGUCAUCAAUUUAUGUACUUAUUUGAGGUACUUACAUCUGUAUUUUUUUCUUAUAUUUAUAUGUUCUUUUUCAAACAUUAAAUGGUAAAUAGUAAAACUUUUUUAUAUUAUUGUUUUAUCAAUUCUAGAGUACCUGCAUGUUGGUCAAAUAUGAACUCGAUGCAUAGGUUAUUCAUUUGACAAAUUAUAGCUUGUGAGAAGAAUAUUCAUUUCAAAUAAAUAAUCAUCAUUGUCAAUUUGGUAACAUAGUGUUACUUACGAUUUUUUAAAAAUAAAUACCAAGGCUUUAUGGUAGAUUUGAUCAUUUAUAUUUAUAUCCCGGUAGAUGUUUUUAUUUCUAAAAAAAAAAUGAUACCUUGGUUAUUGCUAAUAUACAUGUAUCAGUGGCGGAUCCAGUAAUCUUGAAAAGGAGGGGGCAGUUUGAAGUCGGGGUAGGGCCCACGGCCACACCAAAAAAAGUUUAACUAUUAAAUCUUAUGUAUAUUUUGGACACAAAGAGGGGGGGGGGGGCUGCCCCCUCUAAAUCCGCCAGUGUAUAUGCAUUUGUGAUUGAUUUAUAACAAAUAUUUGUAUCAUCAAAUGUAAUAGUUUUCACUUUUGAUUAGUAAAUCAAAGAAUAAAAAUCAGAGAUUUACUACAAAAAAAAUAAAAACUUUUUACUAUAGCAA